ACAUUUUCCAAACCAAUUUUAAACUAAGCUGCACAAUCUUUAUAAUUAACACAAAUAUUGUACUUACGAAUAUGUAAAUAUUAAGUGUGCGUAAAACAACUUCACCACGAUUUUUUUGAAUUCAACGGCGCUAUUUUUAAUAUCAGCGCUACACAACACAGCUGCUUGUCAACAUCGGCGGUGAUUCUGUCAUUCGCACUUUAAUUUUCAUUGGUUCUAUUUUAUCAAAUUGAUGUGUUAGUUGCUGUAGUUUAAAAAAAAAAAUUAAUAAACAUUACAAAAAUGUCGAAUAAUUCAAAUCUAUCUGUGGCUGUGGUAUGUUCCUCAAACAUGAAUCGUUCAAUGGAGGCACAUCAUUUCCUAGCAAAGAAGGGCUUCAACGUGCGUUCCUUUGGCACUGGUGAACGUGUAAAACUCCCAGGCACAGCCAUCGAUAAACCAAAUGUAUAUGAAUUUGGCACGCCGUACGACACAAUCUACCAGGAUCUGCUUACUAAAGAUAAACAAUACUAUACACAAAACGGGUUACUGCAUAUGCUUGACCGUAAUCGCAGAAUUAAAAAGUGUCCAGAACGCUUUCAGGAAUGCAAAGAACAAUUCGAUAUUAUUGUGACCGUGGAAGAGCGCGUCUACGACCAGGUGCUAGAACAUAUGGAAUCUUGUGAUCCCAUCGACAACCGACCUGUACAUGUAUUCAAUGUGGAUAUUGAGGACAAUCACGAGGAGGCUUUAAUGGGCGCUUUUCUAAUCACGGACAUGAUAAAUAUGAUGGCGAAAUCAACCGAUCUGGAUAACGAUAUUGACGAACUGCUGCAAGAAUUCGAGUCUCGGCGCAAUAAAACUGUUUUGCAUUCGGUACUUUUCUACUGACAAUUGUUUAAAAUGUAGAUGGGAAUCGAUAUAACGAAAUGGAAAAAUUAAAAGUAUUGUUGGCAAAAUUCGGUUUGUUAAUGCAAGUACGUCAAACGGUAAAAAAAACUGUCCUAUAGGGUAUAUAAUAUUAUUAAACAAAAAUGAAAAAAGUGAGAACGGAAGCAAAUGCAACAAGUUAUGGCAUAAUUUUUAUGGAUCCAGCAGGAAAAACAUAUAAAAAAUGGAACCAGGGACGGCGAAACUAAUAUUAUAGUUAUAUAAAAACAAACAUAUGACGUAAUCAAAAUCCAAGCAAGAUUGAGGUAACCCAACUCAUUUGUUGAAGAACAAAUGCUUAUAAAAACUAUACAUGUUGGUAUGUAUGCACUUGUAAGCGUGUAUAACAAUGCAAAAAUAUAAUUAUCUUGCGGAGUAUUUAAAAGCGAAUAUAAACAGAUAUUUUACAAUUUUAUAUUUAAGUAUAGUCACUAUUGUUUUCUCCAAUCAAGUUCUUCUUUGCCAAAGAAAAUAAAACAAUGAAUAUAUGUAUAAGUAAUAUAAACACAUCGAAACAUAUGUAUGUUUAAUAUUUUCAUUUAAUUUAAGCAUUCUCGACAUUACUUGGAUUUUCACCAAUUUAAUUUAUUUUUAAGUAUUAAGGGUUUAUGCCCGAAGUUUAUGCUAAAUCAAACUUUGCCAUAACCUAAAAACUCUAAAAUCAAAGCGAAAUUACAAAAAAUAGAAGGCAAGUAAAUUUCAAGGGAGGUUUGAAAUAGAACUGAUAUUAUUUGGCAAGUACAAUAACAAAUGUGUAUAAGAUAAAAAAAAAA